AUGUCUAUCGUUAUUGACAAGAUCCUUGCUGCUUCCCCAGACACUCAACGUGGUCGUCCCUCACAGCUCAGUUGUGAUCCAAAGGGGGAGCGUAUUGCUUAUGCCUCUGGCAAAUCUGUCUUCGUUCGUAAUAUCGAUGACCCUUCGUUAAGUAAACAGUACACAUCUCACACAACCCAAACUACCGUUGCUCGAUUUUCUCCUUCCGGUUACUACAUAGCUAGUGGUGAUGUCUCUGGAACAGUUAAAGUUUGGGACUCUAUAGAAGGUGUUAAUACCAAGGGGGAUUAUCAUAUUAUAAAUGGCAGAAUUAAUGAUAUUGCAUGGGAUGGAGAUUCUCAACGUAUAAUUGCGGUAGGAGAUGGGCGAGAGCGAUAUGGGGCUUGCAUAACUGCAGAUAGUGGAAAUACCGUAGGAGAGAUUGUUGGCCAUACUGCGGUUAUCAACUCGGUCGCAAUUCGCCAACAAAGACCCCUCAGAGCUGCUACCGGUUCCGAUGAUCUUAGCAUGGUGUUCCUUCACGGGGCACCUUUUAAAUUCAAUGCUAAGCUGGGAGAGCUUCAUAAAGGUUACAUUUACGGGGUAGGAUUUUCGCCGGACGGAAAUCAUCUGGUAAGUGUUGGAGCGGAUCGCAAAAUUCAAUUAUAUGACGGAAAGACUGGUGAUGCGAAAGCAAACUUUGGAGAGGGAGAACAUAAGGGGAGCAUAUUCAGUGUCUCGUGGGCAAAAGACUCAAAGAGACUAGUCACAGCGAGCGCUGAUCAAACAGUCAAAUUAUGGGAUGUCGAAGCUGGUAAGGCGGUUCAAACUUGGAGAUUCGGCGGAGAAGGAAAUGUUAGCAUUCCAGAUCACCAGGUUGGUGUCGUAUGGCCUUCUCGCAGUGAUGGAAUGAUUAUCAGUUUGAACUUAGCUGGAGACCUAAACCAUCUGGCUGAAGGAACGGAUAGACCAACCAAAAUUGUCCAAGGACACGGUAAAGCUAUUACAGCUAUCGGCUCAAGCCAUACGGAGAAGGGACAAACAUUAUGGACAGGUAGUUUUGAUGGUCGAGUCUGUUCUUGGGAUGUCGGUACUGGUAUUGGCUCUGCUACGGAAGGCUCCUCGCACACCAAUCAAGUAUCAAGCUGGGCUAGCGCUGGAGAUAAAUCCUAUAGUGUUGCUUGGGAUGAUACUUUACGAACUAUCGAUGUCCCAGGAAACACUUUCAUCGGGGAGGCAGCUAAAUUGAACGGACAGCCCAAAGGACUCGCAGCUGGGGAUGAUGAUAGAUUAUAUGUCGCUACCACCAACGGUAUCGAUAUCUUCUCUCAAGGUACACUCGUAAAUACAGUGACAACCAAAGACUUUACUCCAACAUCUAUUACAGCAAACGGAAACAGUGUAGCGGUGGGAGAUGAGGGCAAUGUUGUACACGUCUACACGGUUGACGGAAACAAUUUGUCUCCCAAAACAAAACUUACAAAUUCUUUAGCCCAAAUCUCCGCACUGGAAUUCUCGCCUAGUGGAGAUCUCCUUGCAGCAGGAAACUCGUCAGGAAAAAUUCAUGUUUAUGAUACAACAAGUUGGGAAAUCAAGACGGAUAGAUGGGGAGGUCAUACGGCAAGAAUAACCAGCAUUGAUUGGAAUCGAGCCGGAACCCACGCUGUGAGUGGUAGUCUCGAUACCAACAUCUUUGUUUGGAGUCUUGCCUCACCAGGAAAGAGAGUCAAGGCUCCCAAUGCGCAUAAGGACGGGGUUACUGGUGUUCGUUGGGUCGAUGGUGGAAAGAAGGUCGCUUCCGUUGGUGGGGAUGCUUCUUUGAAGGUUUGGGAUGUUGCCGGAUUAUCCUGA